UCUCACACAGAGAUGGCUCUCCGGGACUCCUUCCUCCACCACCUUCCCUCUCUCUCUCUCUCUCUCAAACAACAUACCAAUCUCGCUUCCAUGCCUGCUUGCUUACCCUGCAGCCUCUCUGUCUUUCACUUUCUCUCUCUCUUCUGCGCAUAGAGGGAGAGAUAUUCUUUGGCUAUUACUAAGGACCUAGAAGAACACGAAGAAAGGAUCUCCCGAAGAAGAAAGAGAGAAAGAAGGAACAAAUACGAUUACGAGUUGGGCACAAACUCCAAUUGCAUUUCGUUUACAAGGAAACCAAAGACGAAGGACAGCCAGAAGGAAGCAGGAACCGAGGACACCGAGGGAGAUCGGAUUUUGUUGAUUGUUGCAGAUGAUGAUGACCACGACUCGUCUCCUCCAGCCAUCCACUGCCACCCCUGACUCACCCUCCUCGUCCUCCUCCGCUGCCGGAAGCGCCACCACCACUACCAGCAUGACCGGCGGCGGAACUACCACGAGCGGCCUCAAGAAGGGCCCGUGGACCGCCGCAGAGGAUGCCAUCCUCAUCGAGUACGUGAAAAACCACGGGGAGGGGAACUGGAAUGCCGUGCAGAAGAACUCGGGCCUCUCUCGUUGCGGCAAGAGCUGCCGCCUCCGGUGGGCCAAUCAUCUGCGGCCGAACCUCAAGAAGGGCUCCUUCUCGCCCGAAGAGGAGAGACUCAUCCUGGAACUCCAUGCCAAACUCGGGAACAAAUGGGCUCGCAUGGCCGCUCAAUUGCCAGGACGCACUGACAACGAGAUUAAGAACUACUGGAACACACGGAUUAAGAGAAGGCAGAGAGCAGGGCUCCCUCUGUACCCGGCUGAUAUCCAGCGCCACGCGUCGACUGUGCCUUCUCUGACACCGCUCUCAGCCAAUGGCGCCGCCACCGUAGCGACCACUCCUCCGAUCGCAUCGCCCAUCUUCAACUGCCUCAAGCCCCAACCCCAGCUCCCCUUCUUCGAACCCCAACGACUCCCCACCACCGGGGGAUCCUCCACACUCUUCCCCAUAAUUCCCACAGCUCAGUUCAAGAAUUUCCUCGACGAUAGCCUCCAUUACGGCCUGCAAUUUUCAGGCGAGACCCGCCAACCGUUGCUGCUGCCGUCAACAUUGGCGUCCCCGUUUCCCGCUGAUGGUAGCAACAGCGAAGGAGCGAUGGGGCUUGAUGCUUUGCUCCGAGGCGUCGUCAUGCCGUAUGAUCCAAACCUGGCCGCCGGGAAACUGCCUUUUGAAUUCGCCGUGAAAACGGAGCUCCCUUCAAGCCAACUAACACAUGACGCCGGCCCAGCAGAUAGCGAAUACUUGUUGGCUGACUCGAAUUGCGUAGUCGACCCACCGGCACCGUCGCAGACUCCGACGGCGGCAUCGGAGUCAACGCCGCUAACUCUUGGCACGGGCAAUAACGGGCUGCUGGAUGCUAUGCUGCAGGAAACCCAGGUGACCAAUGCAAAUGAGGAGGGAAAGCCGCUGGAAUUCGGCCAAGAAGAAGAAUGUAACUGGACAAGCGGCAAGGAUCCUACCAAUAGAAGAAACGAGAGUCGGUGGGAGGACUCGAGUUCAAUUGAUGAUGCCAUAACCACGAAAGAAGCAGGAACUGGUGACUCCAAAUCAGUGGACGAUGACCUCUCAACGCUGCUUGAUUUCAUGCCCCUAUCUACAGCACCCUCCAUCCCAGAAUGGUAUGGCAGUGACGACACCAUAGAGAUAUCGAAUGGCCGAUCGGAACUAACAGGGUCGCCGACCACUGUGUCUGCAGACGACCUUAGCAUUGACAUGGAGCAGAUCGCAUCGUCGCUGGUAUCCACAGAUCAGAUCUGGGGCCUCAGUUCUUGUUCCUGGAACAACAUGCCUGGAAUUUGCUAAGAACUUCCAACUUACAAACCCUCCUUAUGUAAGGGAUAUGUAUUAAGUUUACUGAUGUGCAUAACAUUGCGUGUUGACUAUGUGCAUUGCCUAGAUAAGAACUCUACAGUUUCUUCAGAAUGGUUAAUCCAAUGAACUAUCAUUUUAGCCUUGCAUGAUUGCAUC